AUGCCCGAGCAAGGCCGCCGUACCAAUCCCAUCCAAGAGCUGGCGGAGAAGGAGAUUUCCAACUUCGGGAACACCACGCACGCUAUCAAGGAGUGCUUCAGCACUGUCACGAACGAGCUCUCAGGGCUCGACGCCUUCGGCUUCAAGGUGGAUGGGCAGCCGGCGAUGCUGAGUGAGCACUGGAAGGUGCUCUCCGACAGGUUCGAGGAGAGCCUGCGGCAAGGCCGGUACCUCACGGCCGAGGCGACGUUCGUUCUGCACACGCACUCCAAGGCUAUCUUGGACGAGGUCCAUAAGGGCGAAAACGUGGAGGAGGUCAAAGCGGAGCUUCUCGAGCUAGAAAAUCAAAUGAAAACCAAGCAGGAAGAAUCUAAAGACAGGAGACGCAGCUUCGAACACCUUUCGACGGAUCUGCGCGAAUUCGGCCAUAGAUUAGAGUCAGCGAUGAGAAUCACUGAUUUUGAUGCGCCGCAAGGGGUGACGAACCAAGUGGUGAAGCUUUGCAACAUACUUUCAGAUAUAAUCAAAGACCAGGUCCAAUCGCUUGCGCGAAAGACCGAAACGGUGGCGGUUAUUUGGGCACUGCUACGGUCCGACAUGGUCGAGUUGAAGACACACCUUGCAAUGGCCGUUCACCAUCAAGGGAAGGCUGACGAGGAAUUCAUCGAAGAAAUGCAGUACACACGUGAAACAUACCUCCACCUCGCCCACAUGUUGGAUCUGUCCGCGAAGGGACACUGA